CCGUCUGUCUCUCCAUCUUGUCCUUCAUUUAUUUUCUCGUUCCUCUUCCUCAGUGUUCAUGAACAGAACUGAACCCAGAGAAAGUUCUUCUGUUUUCCAGCUUCAUUCUGGGUCACAUUCUGCUGCUCUGGGAUCCUAAAUGUUUUACGGUUUGAAGGGAUAAAUCGUCUGGAUCUCCUCCCAGAGUGGCGACCCCAGGUGACCUCCACCAGCAGCCAUCUGGCAGCAUCCUGAUCAGCUGACCAAACCUCCUCACCUCCACAGGUUCAUCACCUGUCCGGUUGGAUCUCAUAGAUCUGGAUGUUUCAACCUGAUGCUGCAUCAGAGGAGAGCAGAGAACAAACUCAACCUGAGGGAGUUCAGAGUCUGAUCUAUGAUCUCAUCAGGAAAUCCACUUUGACCUGUAAGCAGCCAGGUCAGGUGGCAGGUGAGGGGGCGUGGCUUAGAAAGAAAGCGUUCCCUGCGUGAGGCUCCGCCCCCUUCCCUCCCUCCUGGUCCGUCCAGCCGCCCCGUCAGUCUGGGUCCAGACCGUUUCUGUAGCUGAAGGAAAGAUGUCGCUCCGCAGCCUGCUGGCUCUGCUGGGACUCCUCAUCCUCUGCAAAGGUGAGUCCGGUAACGAGGAGCCCUGCGAUGACUUCACGGACCUGGACCUGUCCCACUGCUUCAUGGGGACCAGCCUGUACGUCCGCCUGCUGCUCUACACGCGCUCCAACCCGGACUGCGGCCGUGAGGUCGCCCACCACCGCCUGUCCUCCCAGCCGCUCCUGGACCUGCGGCGCCCCACCGCCUUCGUCAUCCACGGCUACCGGCCCACCGGGGCGCCGCCCAUCUGGAUCAACCACAUCGUGCGCCUGCUGGCCGAGCAGGAGGACAUGAACGUCAUCGUGGUGGACUGGAACCGAGGAGCGGCCAACCUAAACUACUUCACCGCCGUGUCCUACACCAGGGAGGCGGCGCUCAACCUGACGGGCUUCAUCAGAACCAUGGAGGAGGAAGGCGCCUCUCUGAGCUCCAUCCAUCUCAUCGGCGUCAGCCUGGGAGCUCACCUGGCCGGGUUUGUUGGAGCGAACCUGAAGGGAGCGAUCGGCCGCAUCACAGGUUUGGACCCAGCCGGGCCGAUGUUCACCACCGCCACCCCGGAGGAGCGGCUGGACCCGUCGGACGCCAUGUUUGUGGACGUUCUGCACACCGACAUGAACUCGUUCGGGCUCCGAGGAGCUCACGGCCACAUUGAUUUCUAUGCCAACGGUGGAAUCGACCAACCAGGAUGCCCCAAAACCAUCUUCUCAGGUAAAUCGUACUUUGUGUGCGACCACCAGCGCUCCGUGUUCUUGUUCCUGUGCGCCCUGAACCGGACCUGCCGGCUCACCGGAUACCCCUGCUCCUCCUACAGCCGCUUCCUGGAUGGACAGUGUCUGCAGUGUGACGCCUUCAAGCCGGCUUCCUGUCCUGUGCUCGGCUACAACAUCAGCCAGUGGAGAGACAGUCUGGUGAAGAUGGGACAGACCAAAGUCUUCUUCAGCACCACGGCCGCCCUGCCCUACCAGAAGCUGAGCUACAGAGUGGACAUGGUGACCUGGAACCAGUACCUGCGCUGGGGGGUCGUCUACAUCCGCCUGCACAGCGGCAGGAACUUCACAGAGGCCCGGAUAGACCAUAAGCUGCAGCGGCUGGAGCAGUACACCUCCACUCGGCUGCUGGCCCAGUUCGACGAGGAUCUGCAGAACGUCCAGAAGAUCUCCAUGAGGAUCAACACCGGGAACAUCAUCGGCCCUCGCUACAAGAUCAGGCUGCUGAGGAUUCGCUUCACUCCGCUGGAGCGACCCGACAGGCCGGUGAUGUGCCGCUUCGACAUCAUCAUGGAGGAAAACACGGAGGUGGCGUUCAGACCCCUGCCCUGCGACUCUCGCCUCUGACGUUUCCAUGGAAACCAACCCGACUGAAACCCGGGUCGGACUCGGCUCUGACUGGUGACCUGCCGCCGCUGUCGGUCGCCCCUGGCAACCAGAACCAGGAAGUGGACGGUUGAUGCUGAGGACAGAUUAGAACCAGAGCUGAAACUCUGGAUUAUUAAUCCAAUCGGCUUCAGUUACUCUGUGGCUGCAGAGGCUCGUUUAAUAAACAGGUCCGUUAUAGACAUAGCUGCUAAACAGACAACUACACAUUCAUUACUUUAAUGCAGUCUGUUCAUUGACUGCAUGUUACCUUUUAAAGGAGCCUUGAUAAUUAUCUCUGAAGCCGUUUUUUGGCGACUGGCUGCUGUUUUGCUCAGGUAUAAACACACAGAAACUUAAUAAACUCAGCAAAGAACCAGUUUGAACUGGAUCUUUAGUUAGCAGCAGCUCAUCACAAAGACAAAAACUAUGAUUUUUCAUGUUAUUUUAGGAAAGAAGAUAAUUUGCAGUUCAUUUUUAGCUUGAUCCACCCUUACUAUUGACCUGCCUGCUGUAAAAUCAAACACUCUUCAGUGUGGAAGGAAUGGUGUGCAUAAACAAAUCAAAUGAAACACAAAAGCAGCAGGAAGUUUAAACUGUUCAUUCACGCAGAGAACUGAUGAACGUUCCACUGCUUUUCAUUUCAUAUUUACAGUUUUACAUGUUUCCUGUUUGACGUAACAAGGACUUUUUGCCAAUUUGAUAAAAUACCAAAGAUGCAGAAAUUUAUUUUUAUAGUGCAUUACUUAUCUAUCUUCACUUUUACAGUCUGAACAGUCUGAUCUCAUGAUCUGCUAAAUGUCUUAACUCUUCCUGUCCAGAUUAUGAGAAUAUUUGAAGCCAUGUUGCUUUUUAUUUGUAGAAACUUCAGAUCAGCCUCAGGAUUGUAAAAACACAUUUCGUCUGUCUGUGCCUUUUUUUUCAGCAGCUGUGACUAUUUUUAAUCUGCGGCUCCUUUUAAAGAUCCAUCUGAAGAUGCUAACAUUUCUCCUGCAGUGAUGUGAGAAAUCCUACCAGGAUGUUAUUAGAAGUGAAUGUGACACACUGAGCAGCAGAUUCUCUUCUGUAUGAUUCAUAGAAAAUAUCAGCUUUUUUGUGCAUUAUUUUCACACUGUGUCAAAAAAUACAAUAAAAACCAAUGAAUCAA